UCUGUUAUUAUGUAACGUACUGUGUCAGAUUUUAUCAAUAUACUUAAUUUUGUAUAGUGUUAUUUGUUUGUCUAAAUAGAUUUAUUUUAGUGAUGUAUUCGUUUGUCUAAAUAGAUUUAUUUUAGAAAUUUUAUCUCAUAACUUUGAAUAAGUAAACAGAAUGUCGAAACCUCUGGAUGAUGAUGACGAUGAUGUAAUCGGAGGUCUUUAUGAGAAUGGACACUGGGCUUGGGAUGAAAAAGUGAAUGCACUUGUGUUCAAAAGUGACCUGCCCGAGGAGCCACCAGACGCUCCCCAGCUAGCUACUGCUAUACUAGGCUCAGUGGAGUUCAGGGAAGAUAUCGACCUUAAUGAACAGAAUCGAUUCAGAAAACGAAUGCAGCGAAAGGCGGAACCCGACGAUGUGGUUACUCUUCAGGACGUGAAAGACGUAGUCCUGUUCACUGCUCCCAUCAAGAUCUUGAAGCCAUACUUGAUAAACCUACUGCACCUGCCAGCUACUGAGCGAAUAUUGCGAGCUCUCAUUUUCUAUUGCCAAUACCAUCUGCAGACUUCGGAUACGAUGAACAAUCGUACGAUUGAACUCAUGACCAAAAUUCGAACGGAGAGAAGCGUAGAAGUAGAAAUGCAUUACAUGGACAAUUUAGAAGACCUGCGCUUACUUGUUGCCAAAGAAUAUUCGAACCUGAUAAAUGGUUCUGGCGAAUUCGCAAAAUUCCAUCACAUGGGCCCAUCUAAAAAGAUGCGAUCCAUGAACAGAAAAGAGAGCUUCUUAUUUGAGACCUUCGUACGAAUGAGCAUACAGAUCAUAUGGAUAGCACUGGGCAGAAAAUCGUUUGAUGAAAUUGAAUUGGAAGUCCAUAGAAUGUUUAAGUCGGAUUUAUUCAAUUCGGCGGAACAUAAAUUGACUGGGGACAAAAAAAUAGUACCGAGGACCCCUCAUGAACGCCAAGUGUUGAUUGGUCACUGUAUAGUUAAGAAAUAUAAAGUGGAUAUGAUGUCACCUCUGAUAAAUGAGGUGCACUGUAGCAAGCGGAAUAUUGACCACCGUAUGUUCGGCCUUGGUAUUGUCCAGUAUCCUCGUUUAAGUUCCCGCCUCACUUACAUGGAAUGUGCUUUAUCAAUGCCGGAAAACUUGUUGCAACAAAGCCACAUCUCAUUGGGAAUACUAGGGUUGGCAAGAGCACGGUUCGAUAUUUUAUUGAGAGAAGUGUGUAGAGAACCUGAGGCCAGCAGUAGCAACCUUAAUAAAUCGAGUUCGAGAAGUACAAAAAGUGCAACAUCUCGAAAGAAAUCAACGUUGGGGCAGGCGCCAAUGUACAGCAGCAUUGAGUUACCUCCUCGGGGUUCUGAUGAGUAUGAUGAAUUACCGAGUGAGUUCCCAACAGAAUCAUAUCCUCGAAAGCCCUGUGAUGACAAACAGCGAAGAAAGUGGCUCCGAAGGUACCAACGGAUUGUGAACAAGCAUCGUGCACAUAGCUCAAGAUAAUAUACGGUAUCUAGUCUAGACGUUGCUGUUCUUCUUUUUUAAGUACUUAUAUUAUUUAAUUAAAACGCUUUUC